ACACAAUGGACUCUGUGCUCUCGGAAACCUCCAGCGAGGACAAGCUGAAGCCGCUGGUCCCCUCCAUCAUCAGAACAAGUGCCUCGCCGGGCGCGGUGUCGCCCCAGCCAUCGCCGGCGUUCGGACGCGGUGUGCGGCUCACGCCUAGUACGCUGGAGGCCUCCCCGUCCUCCACCUGCGAGCGACACUUCUUCCCGGGCUUCGACGACUCCCGAUCGUACACAGGCGCGCCGCCGCUGAGUGUCAGCCCGUCGUUCCACCGGGCCGGCGGCAGCAGUCGUCCCUGCAGUCCGAGCCUGCUGUCGCGGGACGCGCCGCAGGACCUGCUGCUCGCAGAGAUCCGCCGGCUGCGAGAGCGACUCACAGAGCUCGAGGGCGAGAACCACUCGAUGAGCAUGAAGCUGAGCGCGCAGCAGUGGGAGGUGGAACACCGGCUGGCAGAGAUCGAGAUGCAGAUCUGCGGCGGCAGCUCGGCCGGCAGCAACAGCGAGGACAACGAGAAAAACCAGGAGUCCGCCAUAUGAGCGAGAGAGGACAACGACAAAAACCAGGAGUCCGCCAUAUGAGCGGAGUAAACCGGCAAGGACAACAAAAACCAGGAGUCGGCCAUAUGAGGGGACAGCGGCGGAUGGCGGAGGAGGGCUGGGCCCGUUGAGGUGACGGGGAGUGGUGGGGUUGGCGCUGAGUGGUGAGGUGUGGGCGGGUGGUGCUCUGAACCUCUCAGGAAGGCAGACCGCGGCCAGUAGAGACGGUGCUAGCCAGGACGGUGGGCCGGCAGCUCUGGCGAAGCGCACAGCAGAUACUGGAACGGUAUGUCUGACGACUCGGCGACAAUGCGUGCAUAGUUUUGUGAGGGAUGUAUUCCAUUGUUGCUGCCGCAAACCGUCCCAAAAGAAACACUCGCUCUCACCUCACAGUCAACGCGCAGCCAGCCACCAUCGCCUGAGAGUAGUGGCUGACAGGAGUGCAAUCAGUUGACGCAAGAAGGCUCAAUGCUGUUUGCAUCACAUACCGUUCAUUCACACUCACAUCGGGGAACCACAGCCCACUGUAUCGCACAAAACGCUGCUCGUUAAAUCGACGGCCAGCUUCUGCGGGUCAUGCUCCACCAAAACUGACAUCUUCAUUCAGACCAGCCCUGCUUGGGACGAGGCGACCCGACUCAAUGCAGCCGAGCUGAGCGCGGCCCAGUCCAACUCAGCUGAGCGCAGCCCAGUCCAACUCAGCAGAGCCGACCCAGCCAGCUCACGGGCUCAGCUCACGGCGGAUCCAUUUUAACACCAAAGCAACGGCCGUGCCGCUGUCCGCCGGCACCAACCACGGCACGAGCUUACAGCGCUCGUAUGAGCUUACAAUGGCGCCGGUCCGGGCGCCUCUCUCGGCGUCUCGAGCUGGCCUCAAUCGGACACAAAUCGGCCGCUCUGUGGCCGCCGAACGGCCUCCGCGCCGGCCUCCCAGGGGCAGUAAAGACGCUGCCGAGGCCGCGGCGCCGCAGCCGACAACAAAUGGCCGAAACAUCCUCCCAGCGGCCGAAUGGCAGCGGAAUCCGUCGUUAAUGUCGCCACGAGUUGGCCAAGUUGGCGGCAUCGCCGCUUGGUUUGUUAUUUCGAGGGACCCAAGGAGCUCGUCCGGCCAUCUCGCUGUGGACAGGGUGGUUGAGAACAGAUUUACCAGCGCCAACAGCUGGUGUGAUGCCCGGCGGCCCGUGUGACCUCCCCUGACGACAGACUGGUCGCUGGAUGGUCUGUGACACCGACGACAGGAUCACCCGUCCGGUCUGUCACCGUGGGUCAGAGUCCCCCUGUUCCUUUCUUCCCUCCGUGCCGCAUGGAAGCUCACUCUUUCUGUCACGUCCCUCUAUCCGGGGAUUACUGCAAAGCCCUGUAUCUACACCUUUGUCUCCCAAAGGCACACCAGGCUUUCUCCUAGCCGCCCCCACAACCGCCACGCUACGGUCUCCGCCUCUGCUUCUAGCCAAACCGCUGCCACUGUCUACCCUCACCAUUCCCCAACGACCCCUCCAAAGCCGCCUCCGACACCCCCUACCCGCCGCGGCGGCGGCUGAC